GUGGUCAUCAGUUGGAAAGGUUUCGUGUUUCAUUGCUAAGGGAUUAAGAACAACAUUGUACAACAUUGCAUCAAAGUGCGCAACAGAUGAUUUUCGUAGUCUUUGUGCUGAUGUUUCCAUGGCAAACUAUGUCAGAGGACUGYCAGCGGUCUCCUUAUUCACUCCCUGGAUUCAAGAUUCAUGGUCACGUGAUAACAUCCGUCUCACUGUCUACCAUAAGCCAAUGCAAGCAUCGGUGUGCUGCACAGCAAAGAUGCAACAGCAUCAGCUUCCAUCAGAAUACAAAAAAAUGUGAAAUGCAUGACGGUAACCACAUCUCAUAUCCUGAAAGCGUUCUUCGUAGUAACGGGUAUGUCUACGUUAACGUCCCUACAAGACCUCCCAAGAGAUGCAGUCGUAAGUUAUGCAGCUAUCCUUUAGCAUGCGUGCCGGAGGGUGAGAGCUAUAAAUGUGUUACUUGUCAAGAGGCCAAGGCCGAACAAGUUCUAAGUUUCUCAAGGAAAUCUGCUCAAGACUAUGCUAUUCUAGAUGAUCCAUUUGUUUCAGUCAGCGCCUUCACGCUUUCAUUUUGGGUUCAAGUUGACGCAACGAGUACAUCUAAUGCUGUGUUCGAAUAUGGUACGACAACCGACGACAAUGCAGUGUCCAUUUAUGUCACUGAUUCCUACGUUGGUGUCAAUGUUAUCGGUGCCAACAAGAUUCUUUAUGGCGUCAACCUUGUUGACAACAAGUGGCAUCAUUUGUGUCUUACUUGGGAAAACACAGAUGGAAACAUCAAAUUUUACAUCGAUGCCGURCUACGCCACGAAUUUAUCGGGAAGAAAGACGAACAGCUUGGUAAAGGGUCGAUUGUGCUUGGCCAGGAUCAAAAAGGCUUUAAGACGGGUUUUCGAGAUUCGGUAGCUUUUAAAGGAAAUCUAGCCAGCGUAAAUAUGUGGAGUAGAGCGUUCCCUGCAGGAGAAGUUUCGGUCCUUGCUUCGACAUGUCCAACAAGCGAGGGGGAUAUCGUACAAUGGUCUACUUUGAAGACCAAGAGGUCUGGCAUGUUAGAACUCGUGUGCUCUAACUAUUGCAUGUAGCAUAUCAAGUCAUUGUAAAUAUUUUAGGAUUUAGUCAGUGAACUUUCUAUAUAUAUAUUAUUUUAGCUUUUAACGAUUUCACGUUUUAAAUGCAUGAACUUUAUCUAGUCGCCAUUUUGUAUGUUUUAACAUACAAAAAAAAAAGAACAACAAAAAAAAACAAAA